AUGACCUGGUCCACUGAGAUGACCCACAAAUUUCUGGUCCUGUUGUCUGAGCGGGCAAAAACUUUGCAUGGUACUUCAAUCAAAACAGCAGAUUACCAGGAAAUGUUGGAAGACUUAUCAUCAGUGGCUAGGAGGAGACUCAACGUCACACAACUAACCUCUAAGUACUUUCGCCUACGAAGAGUAUAUCAAGCAUGGCGGAAAUUGCUGCAACACACGGGAUUCGGAUGGGAUCAUGAGUUGCAAAGUCCAACGUGUCCCGUAGAGCAAAACCCACUGGCGCAACAAUUCUACCAUAAGGGACUUCCUCAAAAUGAGCUUUAUGAAAUCAUAUUUGAGAAGCAAACUACCACUGAGAGAUAUGCGUACACAUCGACAUCUCAACCGGUGGAGACCUCCACUUAUUCCAAUCAGGGCGUGGUUCCCAUGGAUGAUAGCGACUUUGAACCUAAUCUAAACCGGACGAUAGGGGAAAAACGGCCAAACACAUCUGGCCAUGGAAGAGCGAGAAAUAGGAGGAACAUAAGCGACUUGGGACAAUCACUUGCGGAUGUCAUUGGUAGAUUGACGGAUGAGCUUGUGGAGAAGCGGACUAUAGGAUCGAGGGCUAGCAAUCGCAUUGGAGAUGAGACAGAUGAAGAGAACACUAGUGGUCCAUCUGAUCCGUUUUCCAUGAGCAAUUGUAUUGACAUCAUGAUAGUCAUGCAAGUACCCACAGAGUUUUACAUGCCGGUUGUCAAGUACUUAUAUCAAAAUCCAGGGUGGCGGGAGAUAUUCGUUAAACUCUCGCUCGAGGAAAAGGCUAAUUGGAUGUAUAAUGACUUUCGCAAUUUGUAG